ACAACGACAGUGAAUCGAAUCCUCCGGAGCAGAUGUCCAUCAAGCAAAAAGGUGUUAAUCAAAACACAAACACCAGGCGCUCGGAAUAUUAUCAUUGAAAUUUCCUCAUGAUCUUCGGCAGUGAAAAUCGGUAGUGUUGUGUAGUUGUCCCUAGUUUAGACUGGCCGAACGGUUGAAUAACGUGUUUCGCGUCCAAUAGUGCGUGUGACAAAAAUCAGUGAUCGAAGUGCGUCGCGAUUUGGUGUCGGUUCCGAGAUUUGUUUAUAUUUUACGGAUAAGGAUGGCCGCGGGUGCGAAGCAGGACAAUUGGCGUGAUAUUAUAGCGGACCGGUUGCGAGAUCGCAAUCGGAAUGAGACGUCCCGGUAUGCGGAUAUAAUUGCCUACAACAACCGCCUGUUCGAUGCAGCCGCCAAGCUACGCCAGGAGAACCUUGAGCUCAAAAUUGACAAGAAAAUUCGCGACAGCUCCGGGGGUACGACCGGGUUCGAUUUGACUGCCAUUACCAACGCCCAGAUCCAGUCGCUGGAGAAGAAAAUUCUCGCCCAGCAGGAGGAGUUGACCGAUUUGCACAAGCGUAAAGGUGAACAUUCGCAGAUGAUAAUCAAUUUGAACCAGAAAUUGACGGAGCUGCAACAGGCGCUGGCCGAGAAGGAACGCGCCUUGGUCGAACAGUGUGCCACGAAUGUUGCCCUACGGGAUGAGCUAGAAGAACUAAAGACAUCCCAUGUCACGAUUAAGGACGAGUCACUAGCCUCGCAGUUACGAGCCAAUACGGCCGAGGAGAAGCUACGGGCGAUUCAGGAUGAAAACAGCAAAUUGCUAAACUUACUGAUGGAAUACAAAUCGCGCGAUGCGGAAAUUAUGAACAAGGAGAAUGACAAAUUCUUCAAGGAAAAGAAAGCGCGGAUUGAAAGUGAACUGGAACGGGCAAUAAGAGAUAUACCGGGUCCGUCCUCGUUGGGUGGGAUAAGUGAAAUGGAUCGCUUCGAUUUCGGUUCCGAUGGACCGCCGGAGGGAAUCGAAUUUAAGUUCGAUGCACAUGAUGGUGAAGUGAAUGCGGUUCGUUGGAGUCCGAUCGAACGAGUUGUCGCUACUGGUGGUGCUGAUAGAAAGGUGAAACUGUGGGACGUUGGGAAGGGAAUUUGUGAACCUCGUGGUGCUUUAGUUGGAAGUAAUCAGGGAAUUAAUUCGGUGGAAUUUGAUUCCACCGGAUCACUGAUCCUGGCUGCGUCUAAUGAUUUCGCAAGUCGCGUGUGGACCGUUUCGGAUCAACGAUUACGGCAUACACUAACUGGACACAGCGGAAAGGUGCUGGCAGCGAAAUUUCUCGGCACGUCGUGUCUUGUCACCGGUAGCCAUGACCGUACCUUGAAAGUGUGGGACCUCAAGAACCGCUCGUGCACGGAAACAAAGUUCGCUGGCUCGAGCUGCAACGAUCUGGUCACGACGGACAGCUUCUCGAUCAUUAGCGGUCACUUCGAUAAGAAGAUUCGUUUCUGGGACAUUCGGACGGCGGACUGCGCGGCCAACGAUAUCCCACUGCAGGGUAAAAUAACCUCACUGGACCUGUCCAAGGAUGGCAAGUUUCUGCUGUGCUGCGUACGGGAUGAUACCAUCAAUCUGCUGGAUCUUCGUCACAACAAGAUCAUUCGAACGUUCCGCCAUGACAACUUCAAAGUGGGUUGCGACUGGUCUCGGGUAGCUUUCAGUCCAACAUGUCAACGAAUCGCCGCGGGUUCUGCCGAUGGUUCCGUCUACAUCUGGAAUGUAAACGGACCGCUGGAAACCGUGUUAAAGGAUCCCAAUGGAAGUGGUGCCGCGGUCACCGCCGUCAGCUGGCACCCGUUCAGCUCCGUCCUGGCAUCGGUGGAUCGAGCCAAAAAAUGCACAAUCUGGUCGAAUGCUUAGCAAACUCUGCAGGCGCCCUCGAGCGGCUUCCGUUCGAUCCGUCACCUCUAACACUAUCUGCUACUACUGCUGUGACAGUGUUCGUCGUGGCAUGUGCCGAUGAUGGCCCCUUACAGCCAUCUAAAGGCGUCGCUUCGGAAGUGUAUAUCAAAUGACAAGAAAGAAAAAAAAAAAGCAGAAUGACGAUUACUCUAGAUACUAGCGUGUUUGCGGAACCUUUUAUGCAAGUGGUUUUUUGCCGUGGUGUACAGUGUGAGGGAAUUCAAUCGAUUAGAUGAAAUCUCGUUUUGUUUGAUUUCUUACAUGAGCUUGUUUUUUUUCUCUUAUAUAUAGAUUUUUUUUUGCAACUCGGUACUUUAAAAUAUUAAAGUUAGGACGAUUAGUUCUUGCAAAUUUUCUCCAGUUUAUAUAAGAAACGAAAAUGUAUUUUCAAAAGUUUUCCGUCACAAUAUACUCGU